UUUUACAUUGACAUUCAUCUGUCACUCUUUACAUCUUUAAAUUUUUUUUUCUACCCCUGUAUUUUUCCCAAUUUUUUCCAACUGGUGGGCUCUCUCUGGACCUGUGAGAGUUUUUCUCCCUUCCUUGGUGCCAAGCUGGAUUUCUUGCAGGUGAAACAUCUGAAGAGGAAGAGGAAGAGCAACUACAGUGUCAGAGAAACGCAGGCUCUCAUCCAGGAGAUUCAAAAACGGAGAGACGUGUUGUUCUCCAGACAGCAGAAUACAGCCAUUAAUGAGCUGAAGAGGCAGGCAUGGGAAGAAGUGGCCCAAGGUGUGAACGCGCUGGGAGAAGGUGAACUUCGUACUGCUGCUGAGGUGAAGCGCCGUUACCUGGACUGGCGUUCACUGAUGAAGAAGAAACAGCUGCAGGCUGAGCUGCUGCUCUCCUCUUUGGCCAUGAAGACCGAGUACAAUCCGUCCUCCCCUGAGCACGAGGCCGCCCCUCUGGGAUCUGCUCCUGACCAGCUGCUCGACCUCUCAGCCUUCCCUAAGGACUACCACUGUGACUGGCCGGAGCUGGUGGCCCUCAGCGAGCCGGGGGGGCCGACCGGGGUGGGGCUGCCGGGAGUGAAGAUGGAGAACGAGCUGGAUGGGGAUGUGGCAGAUGGAGAGAUGGACGAGGACGACAUCCCCUCCCUCCUCAGCGACAUUGAGUCGCGCGGUGAGGGGCAGGCCGGCGACGUCUAUUCCCACAAUGACCUGGGGAUGCUCGGCUCCUCCAAGGAUCCAACCUCCACCACCAGCGGCGGAGGCCCCAUGCUUUCCCACGGGCUGGGAGGACUCGGCGAUCAUGGAAUUCUGGUCGCGAUGGAGAGGCAGCGGCUGGAAGUGGAAACGCAGCGUCUCGCUGUGGAAACCGAGCGGCUGGCGGUUGAGAAAGAGCGGCUGUCGGUUGAGAAGGAGCGACUUCGUCAGGUGGACGUGCAGAGAGAACAGCUGCAACUGGAGCGGGAGAGGCUGCAGGUGGAGCGAGAGAGGCUGAGGCUGCUGAUGGUCAGCCAGUCGGAGCACGUCGACUCUUCCUUUGACCUGCCGCCGCAGCAAGGCCCGCCGUCUUCCUCCACUUCCACCUUAUCACCUGCACAAGACGGACAGAGGGAAAAAGAAAAGGGAGGCGCAGGCUGGAUGCUGGCGGUGGAUCUGAAUGCAGAGAAGCUGAAUCUGGAGAGGGAGAGACUGCAGCUGGAGAAAGAGCGACUGCAGUUCUUCAAAUUUGAGGCAGGUAGGCUUCAGAUUGAGAGAGAACGUCUGCAGGUGGAAAAAGAGAGGAUGCAGCUGCACAGUGAUCACUGACCGGCCGGUACAGGUCUGAGGAAGGGAAGUGAGUGGAUAGAUCAGAUGUUUGCUGCCUUUCUGGAUGCUUUAAGCACUGCCAAGAUGAGAGCAUUUACACCAGCAGCUGAUUCACCGUUUCCUUAUUCUCAUACACUGCAAACAAGGGUGGCCCAAAUGAUAUGAAAACUAAAUUAAAGAAAAUUACUCUUAAAACUAGUGAAAUUAUCCAUCCAUGCAGCAAGUAAAUCUGACUUAAAAAGAGAUCUUGGUAUAAGAAUUUUAAAUCAAGAAACACAUUUCUCUAUCUUAAAUUCAUCUUAAAUCAAGCGGGAUGAGACAUUUUGACUGAAAACAAGAAUAAAGAACUUGGUAAGAUUUGGGAUGUUUUCA